CCUUCAUCUCCAUCUCAUCCUACCGACGAAUUCUGCAGCCAUCGAAGCACUCAGCCCUACCGAAACACCACAUUACUGGGGGUCUCACGCCUUGCCUCCAGCCGAACGCGUAGACUCCGAUACUGUGUUCACACGACUGGAGAAAAGAAAAAAAAAAGAAAGAUAUGCCGGCGGCCCCGCUUACUACGUCGGCUUAACAAUCGCUAGAUACUUUAUACCCGCUCUACUCUCAUGUCCACACGAAACAACCUCGCUCUGCACCUUCCCUGGCUACAGCGAGAGAAGCCGUUCAUUCCACCGCCGCUGAAAGAACCGCGUCCGAGCAAUGCGGCACUGCCUCCUGUAGCCAUACCGCGUGCGUCCGCUCCUUCGCUUUCGCCGCCGCCUCCAUCUCCCCCGCCACCGCAAACUGCGCCGCCAACGAAUCCCCCCGCUACAUCCUUCUCGAUUCCCUCUUGGAAACCCGUUCAAUCACUGCCACCGUCACGGCUGCCACCACAGUCGGCAAACCGAGAAGAAGAAGACCCAGACGCGGAAGAGAUGGUGGGCGCAUUGAAACUAAGCUCGUCGGUUCGAGCCAAGAGACCGAAGCUUGGAAGUCUUCCUCUCGAUUCACAUCCGAACUUCGAACGAUCAAUUCCGACCUCGAAUACAGCCAAGCCAGUCCCAAGAACACCAGCAGUUGGAUCGCUUAGCAGGGAGGAGUCAAGGACUGGGCUGCACACCGGUGGAAGCUCACGACUCGUUGCGUCUACUACUACUACCAAACGUCCGCCGUCAGAUAUUAUGCAAAUCGACACGAUCGACCUCACGGGUGACGACGACGACAAUGGUGCGAGACCACCCGUGUACGCUACCCCGCGCUCAGCUGCGCACUCCGCUCGAACGGAUGCCCAUACGAAGCGGGGCACAAGCCGCUAUAUGGACUCGGACCAAGAUCUACCGCCGGUACCGACAAAUCCCAGGGCGAAUUCCGCCAUGCCAAUGGUUCCGCCACAUGGGUUGAGCAAUAGUAGGGCUGUCAGGGGAAAGAAACGAUUCAGCGGCGAUUUCAUGGUAGACGAUUACGAUGUGUCGGCCUCAUGCUCCGAUGGACCACCUUCGUCAAAGUCGCCACGGCUGUAUAAUGCGCGCGCUUUGUCUGCUACUUUGCGGAGCCCGCAGAGACAGCGGCGGAUCAACCGCGGGAUCGAUGAGUCUUUACCGCCAGCUUCGUCACAGGCCCCUCCAACUCCGGAUGCCGAUCUCCCUGCUGCUCGGUCUUAUCGCCCUCCUCAGCCUACUAGGUCUUCCAGUACGGUUGUUGAAUCACCCAAUACCAUACAGAACAAGAGGAGAAAGGUCCAGAAUCAGUGUACCACGUGGCAGUCCGAUGAGGAGAAGAAGGAAGAGGAAGAGGAAGAGGCGGAAAUGUUCACGCGACAAAGAAAAAAGCGGGCGACAUCGCGAACUGCAGGCGUAAAGGAGGAAACUACGCCAAUGCACGUACCCCGGCAACUACAAGAAAGCCAGGACAGUCAACGUUCUCGAUCUCAGUGGUUCACACAAGGAGUGGUCAAAGAUUCAGACGAUGAAGAGGACUUCUCCGAUAGCGGCGAUCACGAAAUGGAGGAAAGCUACGGUAUGGGGGAUGAUGCUGACCUUCUGAGCUUGCUGGAGGACGAAGAAGCUGCCAGUAACCACAACCCAAUCCAGAGGGCCAGCGAUAAGGGCAAAGCAUACGCCACGCCAGUACCACGAAUUUCGCCUGCUAAGGUCAGACGGUCACCCCGCAAGGCUAAAGAUCUUCCAGAGCCAGUUCCACCCAACGUGGAGGACGAUGACGAGUUUGCAGGGAUGUCCGAAACACAGUUGAAGACGAUGCUUUCAAGUCUCAAGCAACAGAAUUACGAGUUGCUAGAUGUCCUCCAGGAUCAGUACUACGAUGCGGGAGAAGCACCCCCAAUGAAGCUGAUUACCGAGAAGAAGAAGCUGAAAGCGAAAAUUGAUCUCGUUACGAAAAGAAUUGCCAGUGGUGUCUCAAUACCCACUGCCAGCAGUAAUCCUUCGUUGAUCUCUAGCCCCAUCAAGAAGCGCAGCGGCAUGGUAGAAGCUACUCAGUAUCCUCAACUGCAGCCGUUCAAUGAACCUCCCACGCAUACUAAUCCUAUACCGUCAACGCCAUCGAAACGCAAUAAGUACGGGGAUGAAACCACGGCUAGCCCCAUCACCCGGACAAUACGAUCUCCGCUCAAACCUCCGUCCAGGAGACAUUUGCAUCCUCCUCCUCCCCCGCCAAACCGUCAACCAUCUCCGUCUGUUCGACGAGGCUUUCCCCAGCGAACUCUCGAGGGCCUACGUCCUCCCGACUCUCCACCGCCGUUCGAUCCGGACGAUUUUGAUUUCGAGGAGGUUGAUCCAGUUCCUCGGAAUGUUCCUCAGAAUGUUCCUCGGCCCGCUUUACAAAGUGAAGACGAAAACUUUGGCAGUGAUUUCGAAGUCGAGGAUCUGGAAGAAAUCGAGGAUGAUGACAUUCGGAUAAUCGAUCCACCACCAACUAGAAAGAGAGCACCCCUCGGUCCUUCAACCGGGAAUUCACCAACCCGCAGGACCAUCGACCAGGUUCUCGGAAAGAAGCCCCAGUCAACGCAGCUCGCAAAUCCACACAUUGAGCUCCUCCAGGGGAAACACCAUACCCAGCGUGCCGCGACGGUCGAUCUGAAUAGUCCUACCAUGCAGUACCCAUGGUCAAAAGAAGUCGCCGCUGCCUUGCGCCACCAGUUCAAACUGAAAGGGUUCCGAAGCAAUCAGCUCGAGGCCAUCAACGAAACUCUUUCUGGAAAAGACGUCUUUGUGAUCAUGCCCACGGGAGGCGGAAAGAGUCUGAUCUACCAGCUUCCUGCUGUGGUUAAGUCGGGAAAGACCCGAGGCGUGACUAUCGUUGUCUCGCCAUUACUCUCUCUGAUGACCGAUCAGGUGGAUCAUCUUCACGCGAACAAUGUUAUGGCGUUCUUGCUCAACGGAGAGAUCGAGGAGGCGAGGAAGAAGUUGAUAUUUCAAUGGUUGCGAGACCCCGAUGUCGAAAACAUGAUAUCCUUGCUUUACGUAACCCCUGAGAUGAUCGGAAAGAGCAACUACCUAAUCGACACACUCCGCGAUUUACACCGUCGGGGGAAACUCGCCAGAAUAGUGGUUGACGAAGCUCAUUGUGUAUCGCAAUGGGGCCACGACUUUCGACCGGAUUACAAGGAGCUCGGGACUAUCAGACCCAACUUUCCAGGCACCCCCUGGAUCGCUCUGACGGCUACAGCCACAUCGAAGGUGCAACUGGAUGUUCAACGCUGUCUGGGAAUGACCGGCUGCAAGGUGUUCACCCAAAGCUUCAAUCGUCCCAACCUGAGCUACGUCGUGCGGUCAAGGAACAAAGGACCCAAAGUUCUGGCCGAUAUCGCGGAAAUCUGCCAGGAGAACCGGAACAAGGCGGGUAUCGUUUACUGCCUGAGUCGGCAGACUUGCGAAAAGGUGGCAAAGGUGUUGCGGGACCGUGGCAUCAACGCUGAACAUUUCCACGCCGGAAUGGCGUCCGACGAAAAGAGCAAGCUGCAGAAAGCCUGGCAGGCGGGACGGUGCCAUGUAAUCGUCGCAACGAUCGCGUUCGGCAUGGGAAUCGACAAGUCGGACGUGCGUUUCGUUGUUCAUUACAGCAUACCGAAGAGCUUGGAAGGAUACUAUCAGGAAACGGGCAGGGCCGGCAGAGAUGGCAAACCCAGUAUCUGUACCUUGUUCUACAACUAUAGCGACGCAAACUCUCUCUUCCGGAUGGUGGACAGUGGCGAAGGUCCGCACGACCAGAAGAAGCGACAGAAGGAGAUGAUUCGACAAGUCAUCCAAUACUGCGACAACGAGGCAGAGUGCCGGAGAGUACAGGUGCUUCGGUACUUUGGCGACACGAAGUUUACGGCAGAUGAAUGCAAUGCCUCCUGUGAUAAUUGCUCCUCCGGAGUCGAGUUCGAGCGGCGUGAUGUCACCGAUUAUGCCAAAAUAGCCCUCAAGAUCAUCCAGGCAUUAGACGGGCAGAAAAAGACGCUCCUCUAUGCGGCGGACGUCUUCAAAGGAGCUGGCAAGAAGGCUCAGGAUACCGAUGGCCAUAUCGAGGGAUUCGGGGCUGGGAAGCAUUGGACAAAGUCAGACUGUGAGAGGCUCUUCAAUAAACUCUCGUCCGAGGAGUUCAUUGGAGAGCUGCACGUAGCGUCGCGCAGCGGAUGGCACAACAGCUAUGUCAAGUUGAACAAAACCAAUGCCAACAAGAUCCUGAAUGGGAGAGAAAGGGUGUUCAUGUCUUUCAUGAAGGAGGGGCAAACGAAUGCGAAGAGGCCCGUCGUCGCGAGGAAACCCGCCUCUUCCACAGCAUCCUCUAGGGGCGAGCUUGAGCUGCAGUCUACAAGAGCGAGAGAAUCUGACCUCGGUGGGUUUGUCGUGUCGGAUGGGGAAUAUGAUAGCUUGGGGAUGCCGCCGAUACGAAUUGGUCCCUCUCGUAAAGAGCCUUCCGCACGAGCACGCAGGGCAGACCGCAAUCCACCCCAGCAGCUCGGACAACCCAUAACGGCAGAGGAUGUUAUGGCCACUCUCAACCCUUUGGAAAUGGAAAUGCUCGAUCGAUUCAUCAAGGAGGCCAGGAAAAUCCGGGGUAAAAUAAUGGAAGAUAAUGGAUUCAGCCGCAUCCAAUCCGUCUUCGUGGAUGGAAUGCUCCAGAAGUUCGGAAUAUUCCUACCGACAACCAAGGAGGCGAUGGCAGCAAUCGUCGGGAACGCAGACAGAGUCGAAGACUUUGGCGCCCAGUUCCUCGCCCUCUGUCGCAAGUUCGCCAAAGAGAAGGAAGAGAACUUUGCAGACGCGGACAUAGGCGAAACCCCCAUCUUCCGCAACUUUUCGCAGCCACCGACCGCGGGUUCCUUCAUCGCUCUCGACGACGACGACGACGACGAUGCGGACGAGGAUGAGGACUACAGCGGCGGCAUGGCGGACGAGGACUUCGAAGACGGCGACACAAGCGAGUACUUCCGCAAAGACGUUGCCGACAGGCAGAAGGACAUGAUCAGCCAAUGGGAGGCUGGAGCGAGCCAGGCCCGGCCGAAGAAAGCAGCGGUAGGUGCGCGGGGAGGCGGCCGCGGCGGUAGGGCCCGUGGCUUGAAGAAGCCGUAUGGCAGUCGGGCUAGUGGCGCAGAGUCUGGCGGUGGCAGGAGGCAGAGUGGCGGGGCGAGGGGGUUCGCAAAGAAGAGGGGCGGUGCAAGAGGAGGUGGUGGUGCGGCUUCGCGUGGAGGCGGUGGUUCGAGAGGUGGUGCGGGUCCGAAGGCGUUGUGGUGAUAAGGUUUUGGCUUCCCCAACCAACAACACGUUUUCUUUUUUGCCCCUUCCCUUGUUUUCCUGACGAUUCUCCUUUUCAUUUCAUUUAUCAUUACUGGCCUCGUGGCCGUGGCCGUGGCCGUGGCCGUGUCAUCGCGAAGGGAGGUACUCUACUUGGGUAUUAGUGUAUAGUAUUCUUUUUUUCUUUCUUCUUCUGUUUUUCUUCUGUUUUUUCUUCAUAUUAAACUUAGGCGGAGGCCGGAAGGGGAGUUUUGGAUAUUUGAUUAUUGUUUUGUAGGUAUGCUGUUUAAGUUUGUACUUACUCUACAUUGGGAGACAAUGAUUUGACGGAUUGGAUUGGAUUGGAUUCCGCGA